GAAGAAUCAUUAGGGAAGCAGCAGUGUGCAUUUUGCUAUGUUUUCAGUACCUCAUUGAAAACAAACAGAAAGGUUUAGACUUUAAAAAGCUUCUUAAUUUAAACAGUGUAUUUUACUGUGAAACAACGAUGCCAGCGGCAGAGGAAUCACACGGCAUCAGCAGAGCUGUAGACAAAAUCUGCAGCUUGCCUCCAUAUGUGUUAACUGAAACAUCUCAGCACAUUCUGACAUAUCUUCAAGGCCAAACCAGUGGAGUAGAUUCAGCUGAAAUUGAUCUUAGCCUUCAGAGGGCCGGGGUAACAAUUGAUCAUGAAGCUGUCCAGAGUAUUACCAGAUUUCUUCUGUUGACAUUCAGGUCAGCUGGAAAGAACAACUUCUCUGCAGACGAACUUGUGUCCAAACUGGAGGAAGGCAGCAGCAAAUGGUCCAAAGCUUCUCUUCAGAUCUUGCACACGUUGUGGAGUGAACAUGGUGCCUCGGUCCGUGCUCAGCAGGAAGUACAGUCCAUGCUGAGCAUCGGUCAGCUUGUGGACAUGCAGUGGAAGCUGGGGAUGGCGGUGAGUUCAGACACAUGCCGGUCUCUAAACUCCCCAUACGUGUCUCUGCUGCUGAAGAUCGUCGAGCCCUCUGGACAGAUCUGCCAGAGGGCUUUCGAGAUGACCAUUCCACAGUUCCAGAAUUUUCACAAGCAGUUCAAGGAGAUGGCAGCGAUUAUGGAGACUGUAUGAUGGCGAGAAAGCCAAAGUGUGCAGUUAGUACCAGUUUAUAUAAAAGUGAAAGAAGGAACAGCUUGACAUCUUUGUUUUGUUUCUUUUCUUUUUCUUGCCCGGUGUCUUAAAAUGUCGACAUGACUUACUGUAAAUGUCAGCUCUCAGCUUGUCUUUCUGCAGGUUGUAUAAGCUCUUGCGUGAUGCAUUUGAAGCCCUUUAAGAUAAGAACAG